AUGGCGAACCUCGCGCAGCAGCUCUCAAGGCUGCAACUUGGGCCCUCGGGGGCACGACACCGUCCCUCCAAGCGCCUCAACGACCCACCUCCCACUAGUAUCAACAUCUCCUCUAUCACUCUACAACGCAGCUCGAUCCAACGAUCACUAUUCGCGUCGCUACACUGUCCCCGGCAACGCGUCUUGGCCCUCCGAGACGGGCCCGAAGCACAUAUCAACGGCCAAGCAACAGGUUCUUUGCUCUCCCUUCCUAUCUUUCAAGUCGCAUACGCUCACAGUAAGAACCUUCUCGCGGCUGUGGACGAAGAGGGGGCGGUAGGAGUCUUCAAUAUGGCCGCAGGUCGUCGGAAAGGCCGCUGGAUGGCUCAUCACAACGCCGUAUUCGACGUGAUUUGGACGCAGGACGACACGCAGAUACUGACAGCAGCCGGUGACUUGGAAAUUAGAAUCUGGGACGUACAGACUGCAGGAUCGAGCUCUAGUACACCUGUAUCGACUUUAAAAGGACACGAAAUGAGUGUCAAGUGCGUCCGUCAGGGCCCGGAUAAAGCGCACAUGUUUGCUUCAGGUGGACGUGACGGAAGACUAUUACUCUGGGAUACACGCGCUCCUGGGAAACCUGUAUCUUGUCUAGAAAAUGUACAUGCAGAGCCUACAUCAUCAAGGACCUCAUCGUCUAACGUGAACUUCACUUCGCCCAUUCAGAAACGAAGACGACGAACUGCAGCUGCAUCGUCGACUUCCCCUUCGCCACGCAGCGUCACGUGUGUCGAGUUUACGUCAACAGGCAACGAGGUCAUCACAGCAGGUGCUGUGGAUGCAGUAGUCAAGUACUGGGACCUUCGACGUCUCAGCAACGAGAGGAACAAGACGGGAGCUAAACUGCCAAUUGCUAUACGUGAAAUCUCGUGUUCAAGUCGUGAGGGAGCUCGUCGUGGUAUUUCAUCGCUAACUUUGCAUCAGAGAAGGGCUGGAGGUGCGUCUCGUCUUCUUGUAAACGUAGUGAACGACUCGAUUGUUGUGCUUGACACACAGCAAGCUCGAACAAUUCUUCGCUGUUCAGGGCAUCAAGCCAGCUCCUUCUAUUGCAAAACUGCCUUUAGUCCUGAAGGAAACUUCAUUGCCGGUGCAUCGGCAGACGGCGUUGUGUAUCUCUGGGACGCGCGUGUAGAUGCCUCAUACGACGCAACUAUACCGUCUUUCUACUCUGGUCUGAGUACGCAACAACGCGCUCCUUGUUAUGCGUUGAAAGGUCAUACAAAUGAAGUGAACGGAGUUGCCUGGAGCUCCCAGGAUUCCACUCAGCUUGCGUCUUGCUCGGACGAUGGCACAGUACGUUGCUGGCAAGUCGGUGGAGGACACGAAAAUAGCGUGGAAUCUCCACGUUUCGAGCUACAGAUAGCGCCAGGCGAUAGUUUCUCGGACCGAAGAAUGGGGUGGGCGAACUGGAACGAGUUUACGGACCAACCAGACGGGUAUGCGUACCGUGUACGAGGGUACAAGGCAACAGAACCCUCUCAUUCUUUAUCUCCCAGACGCCAGAGAGUAGAAAUACGCUAUAUGCAACGAGCGUCUCCUCAAGUCACAAAACACAGCUCGGAGCCGCGACUGCAUCCUGUCCAUGAGGCUCCCAUAGCGCAACAACAACCGCUACAGGAACCUCAAACGUCUCAGGAGACUCGUCCACAGUCCAAGCUAAGAGUCAAACUUCGACGGAAAGUCAAGCCCCAUGUCCAGCCCAAGCGAGGUCAACGUACGCUACUCGAGCUUUGGGGUCGAUAA